GUAAAAAAUAUAUAAAAGUUGUCUCUAAAGCGAGGUUUAGACUAGCCAGAACUUGCAUGUAAUUUUUAUUACAUGGCGGUAUCUGAUCAAAAUUUUUAAUGCAGUUUUUAGUAGUUGGCAAUGUAACAUAAAUUGCAUGCAAGUUCUUGCUAUUCUAAGCCUCAAUUAAGAUACACAUAAGGCUGGCGUCGGCGUCAGUUAGGCUUACCAAGGUGGAUCGCAAUAAUUCGCCUUCUAUACAUUUACUAUGAAACUUACCUUUACCAUUCAUAGUAAAGUCCGACCAGAAGUAUAGGAUCAUUGUCAAGAGGGCGCUUUUUUCCUCAUGUAUAUGGUGACAGUUCAGUUUAGUAUGAAAAAGUUAGCUCCAAUGAAAUUCCGCAACAUGGCGCGUGAUCAUAUAUUACUGGUUAGGCUUUAAAUGUAUAGAAGGCGAAUUAUUGCGAUUCGAUUCGAUUCGCCUCGGCGAGCCUAGUCGACGCCAGCCUUUGUGCUAGUUGAUCGUGUGUGGGACAUUAAAACCUCAGAUUAAUCCUCAUUUAUAAAAAGUGUCACUGUCAUAAUUUUUUUAAUAACAAAUCAACUUCAGUUCAAAUCGUUUUACAAGUUUUUUUUAUAAUAGAUAUCAGUUAUAUUAAAAAUAACAGAUGAAUUUACUGGACCUACCCACGGAAAUUGGAACAUUAAUAUUCACGUAUUUGGAUAUCAAGUCAAAAAUAAAUGUUUACAGUGUAAAUGAGUUGAAAGAGUUUUUUGCACCAUGUCUGAUGAGGAAAGUAAAUAUAUCCAGGAGUACCAUCGCCUCAGUGAAGACAUUGAGUUCUAGUGUUCUUCAAGUUUUUGCCGUUAACAUUCAGGAACUAAAUCUCAGUGGAAUUCAAGAUCUUACAGCUGAUAAGCUAACUCCAUACUUACAAAGAUGUACUAAUCUAACAACCUUAGACGUGACCUUUACCAGAAUAUUUUUAUCAGAUGUGGAACACGUUUGUUGCAAUAGUUUAAAGAAUAUCAGUAUAAAUUAUUUUAAAUGGCCUAGGAAACACGAUAAUGAUGAAGUAUGGCAAAAAACUUCAGACGUAUUUAAAAGGCAAAAGUUUGAAUAUGUACAUUUUGUUGUGUUGGAGUUCUAUGACUCUGAAUCUCCUCUCAAAUUUAUGGAAGAUAUCCCUAUGACUAAAGAUUUUAAAAUUACACUCGCUGAUAACUACAGAGAUUAUUCAGAAACCGAUGAAUAUUACGAAUCAGUUAAUGUUGAAGAGAGCAUUGACAUACAUUUCGAACGUCUAUGUUACAUUUUUCGUGAUUGUAGAGUAACUCACAAAACUUCAAGAAGUCUAAAAGGUGUAUCAAAUUUGGACUAUAGAAAGAUAGAAUACAUUUUUAUUAUGUAUUUAGAAACAAUAUACAUCUAUGUAUCUCCAAUUUUCAAUGGAAUGUUCUCACUAUGUUGCUCAGACCUGACAAUAAAUAUCUGUUCGCAUCUACCUUUAGAUUUUAUGUUAGACGGAAACAUCAUAUUCAAAGCUUGGAACAAAGAAGUAACAGUGUUUAAUGAAGAUUUUUUCAAAAACAUAUUGAACGAACUAACAGAUUAUUUUCCCACAUAUUUUUGCAUGCAUACUAAGUUACCUAUGAACAUUACUGCAGCACCCAGCCAUUGGUAUUGCAUAGAUUCUUGUGACACGUUUAAUGAAAUUCUAGAUAACUUGCCAGAAAAUGUUACUUUGACAGAUUUCUGUAGAAAAGGCUCAGUUGUGCGAUGGAAUCGGCUUGUAACACUUAAAUCAGAACUUAAAAGUCUUAAGAACAUAACGUUUCUAAGUUUAAGCAAUAUUUGUGCGAAAGGCGAUUUCUUCUCGCAUAUUUUCUUACAAUGUAAAAGGCUGUAUACUAUUGACGUAUACAUUGAGAACCGUGGCCGUCCGAGCUCAUACUCAAGUUGUACACUGUCUCUGUUUAACUCAAUACAUCUGUCAAAAUGCUUGAAGAACCUGAAGUUAACAUUAGAAGACAUAGAAUAUGGGAUGGUGUUUGACUCAAUCAGUCAAUGUCCAUCUUUGGAGAAUGUCCAUAUAUGCGAGUACCAACGUGUUAUAGCAGACUACGAGGCGGACGAGGAAAAUGUUUCGUUAUUUAUAGAGAAGUGCUGCAACUUGUACAGUCUAUUCAUUGAGGCGGACAUGGAUCCAGAGGCGUUGACUAUGCUAAUGGGUGCCUUAAGAACUACCGCGCAGAAUCUUGAGAAAGACCAUUUAUGUGUUGAAGUGUGUGAUUGCUACGGAGGAUGGAAUCCAUUCGCAGAUGUGUUUAACCCCAGCCCGCUGCGUAUAACGGAAUGAACUGUCGGUAGGUAUGUUGAUAUUUUUUGUUUAGAUUCGUAAUUUGUAAUUUAGCCGUUUAGUAAUAUGAUCAUUUGUUAUUUGUUAAAAAAAUCAAGUCUUUUUAAUUUUAUUAAAAUUAUGAUAGCAUUUUGUAACAUUAAAAUAAUCAAUUUCAAACGUGA